GCCAUCAGUUUCAGGAGAUUGCGACGGCACGGCGGACGAACGAUGGAAGUCGAUGGAGACGUCAAUGCGGUGGCCGUGCUUGUGGAUGAGUUGCGGCAUGACGACCCCAAGCUCCGCCUGCAAGCGAUCAAAAAAGUGCAAGUUAUUGCAUCGGCCCUUGGUCCCCAGCGAACGAGGGAAGAGUUGCUUCCAUUCCUCAAUGAAACGUUGGACGACGACGAUGAAAUCCUCUUGGCGCUGGCCCAAGAGCUCGGCGAAUUCGUCGACCUUGUGGGCGGACCGUUGAAUGCGUAUCACUUGCUGUCGUUGCUCGAAUCGCUUGUGGCAGUGGACGAAGCUUCCGUUCGUGAUACGGCAUGCAAGUCCAUGUGCAAAGUCGUCCGGCAAAUGACACCCGAACACAUCACGGAGCACUUUGUCGCAGUGGUGCGGCGCCUCGUGACCCGGGAAUGGUACACGAGUCGCAUUGCCGCGAGCGGUCUGUUCCAAGUCAGCUACGACCAGCUGCCCCCCGCCACGCAAGCCGAGAUGCGCGCCAUGUUCAUCCAGCUCUGUCGCGACGACCUUCCGUUGGUCCGCAAAGCUGCCGCCACCGCGCUCGGUGGAUUUGCCUCGAUGAUGGAUCCUGCGUCCGCCACGGCCGAGAUCGUGCCCGACUUUCUCACGCUGGCCAGCGACCGCCAAGACUCGGUGCGGUGUCAGACCGUCGAGAACGCCGUCGCCCUCGCGGCUCUCGUGCCCGUCGACGUGAAGCUCAACCAGCUGCUGCCGGUCGUGUGCGCCGCCGCCAAGGACUCGGCGUGGCGCGUCCGGUGGUCCGUCGGCAACAAGCUGCCCGAGAUCUGCGCCGCCAUGGGCCCCGACCUCGCCACGUCUGUCAUUUGCGACCAGUGUCUGAUUCCGCUGCUGGGCGACUCGGAGGCCGAAGUCAAAACUGUGGCGGCGUCCAGGGCCCACGGCGCCGCCCAACACAUGAGUCCGGCGCACCUCGUCGCCAAAGUCGUGCCCGCCUGCGUCACCCUCGCGCGCGAUCCGUCCGAGCACGUGCGCGCAUCCCUCGCAUCUGUCGUGAUGAAGAUUGCACCCUUCUUGGGGCGGGACGUGGCCGUCCAGCAUUUGCUGCCGUUGUUUCUGCAGUUGUUGUCGGACGAGAGCUCAGAAGUCCGAUUGAACAUCAUCUCCAACUUGGAAAAGGUCAACGACGUCGUGGGCAUCGACCAGCUGUCCCAAUCGCUUCUCCCUGCGAUCGUCCAGCUGGCCGAAGACCGCCAGUGGCGCGUCCGCCUCGCGAUCAUCGAGUUCAUUCCGACGUUGGCAUCGCAGCUGGGUGUGACGUACUUUGAGGAGCACUUGAUGGAGAUGUGCAUGGGCUGGCUGUGCGACGUGGUUUUUUCCAUCCGCGAAGCCGCGACGCUCAAUCUCCACCGCCUCGCGCAGCACUUUGGCGUCGCGUGGGCCCACGCCCACGUCCUCCCGCGCAUCGCGUCGAUGCAUGUCAACGCCAACUACCUCUAUCGUAUGAUCUCGCUGCAUGCGGCCAAGGUGCUGGCGCCGCUCAUGUCGACCGACCAGCUCCAGCACUCGAUUCUGCCCCUCGUGCUGCAGCUGGCCUCGGUACGCCAUCGAAUGUAUUUAUAAGGGUUAUUUCAUUGACUGUACAGGAUCCGGUGCCGAAUAUCCGCUUCAAUGUGGCCAAAACGCUCGAGACGAUGGCCGGCCAGCUGGACGACGCGGCCAAGCAGACGCUCGUGGGCCCAGUGCUCCACACGCUGGCAACCGACCCCGACGGCGACGUCCAGUACUUUGCAGCGCGCGCGAUCCAUCUCCUCCAGCAGCAUUAGUGUUGGUUGUGUUCGCUCUUGAGUAGUGGCCAUAGAUAACGUUUAUAUAAAUAUGGACUAACUACGGGUAGAUAAGUACGUAC